GCGGUGCCGCCGCCUCACAGGGCGCCACAGCUGCAGCAGGCUGGAGCCCAGCGCGGCCCCCGCCCCGUGGCGUGUGUCUGGGAGCGCGCUUGUGGCCGUGGAAGCAGCCGGCGGAGGGGCGGGAGGGUCUGCAGCGGAGAGGCCUGUGAAGGGAGCCGGAGGGCCGGACCGAUCGACAGACACAGUGAUCGCCAGCCCCUGAGGCACCCCGCCCGGCGCCCGGGCCCUCUGCGGGCAGCAGCCCUGCGCGGCGGGAGGCGGGGGGUGGCAGUGUCUGCGCGCACACGCACGCUCACAGACACACACGCCCGGGCCACGCCACAGACACACGACACGCACAGACCCACGGCCGGCCGCUGCGCACACUCGCACCCGCGCUCACGCUCGCUCUCCGGCGCAGGCCCCGCAGCAGCCGCUGCCCGGAGGCGGUGGCAUCCUGCUCGGAUUCCAGCCGGGACUGGAGGAACUAGGUGGCAGAUGGGCUUCUUCCUUCCUGUCUCCAGCUCGCUCACCGUCCCGCCGCCGCCGUCGUGUUGCGCUCCUGGCUCCCGUGGGAACUGCUUGAAGCUCUGAUCCCGGAACCCGAGGGGAAGGAGGAGAAGAGCAAGAAGUCAAAGCCUGGGAGCCUGCGCUUCCGGCAGGAACCUAGAGCCGCGGCAACGCCUAGUGCCUGCUUGUAGCCCUUCAGAACAGCAGCAGGCGCCAGCUGUAUCCAUCCUGCCCAGGCCCCGCCCCCCCACUCCUGUGCUGGAGGUCACCCCCAAGAUGGUGGUGGCUCCAGGGAGGACUGUGCUACCGGCCCCAUCCUCUGGCUGCUAGGUCCCCUCCGUUCUUUGGCCCUUCACCCCAGCUGGGUCCACAAGGGGUCGAAGCCUGGGCCAUGCUGCGCCUGGGGCUGUGCGCGGCCGCGCUGCUGUGUGUGUGCCAGCCGGGCGCCGUGCACGCCGACUGCUGGCUCAUUGAGGGAGACAAGGGCUACGUGUGGCUGGCCAUCUGCAGCCAGAACCAGCCACCCUAUGAGACCAUCCCCCAGCACAUCAACAGCACUGUGCAUGACCUGCGGCUCAAUGAAAACAAGCUCAAGGCCGUCCUCUACUCCUCGCUCAAUCGCUUCGGGAACCUCACGGACCUCAACCUCACCAAGAACGAGAUCUCCUACAUUGAGGACGGUGCCUUCCUGGGCCAGACGAGCCUGCAGGUCCUUCAGCUGGGCUACAACCGGCUCAGCAACCUGACGGAGGGCAUGCUGCGUGGCAUGAGCCGCCUGCAGUUCCUCUUUGUCCAGCACAACCUCAUCGAGGUGGUGACGCCCACCGCCUUCUCAGAGUGCCCCAGCCUCAUCAGCAUCGACCUGUCCUCCAACCGCCUCAGCCGUCUUGAUGGCGCCACCUUUGCCAGCCUCGCCAGCCUCAUGGUGUGCGAGCUGGCCGGCAACCCCUUCAACUGUGAGUGUGACCUCUUCGGCUUCCUCGCCUGGCUCGUGGUCUUCAACAAUGUCACCAAGAACUAUGACCGCCUGCAGUGUGAGUCACCGAGGGAGUUUGCUGGUUACCCAUUGCUUGUGCCCCGACCUUACCAUAGCCUCAAUGCCAUCACCGUCCUGCAGGCCAAGUGCCGCAAUGGCUCGAUGCCUGCCCGGCCCGUGAGUCACCCUACACCCUACUCCACGGAUGCCCAGAGGGAGCCUGAUGAGAACUCAGGCUUCAAUCCUGACGAGAUCCUCUCGGUGGAGCCGCCGGCCUCAUCUACCACAGAUGCAUCUGCGGGACCUGCCAUCAAGCUGCACCAGGUCACCUUCACCUCGGCCACCCUGGUUGUCAUCAUUCCGCACCCUUACAGCAAGAUGUACGUGCUGGUCCAGUACAACAACAGCUACUUCUCCGACGUCAUGACGCUCAAGAACAAGAAGGAGAUCGUGACGCUGGACAAGCUGCGGGCGCACACCGAGUACACCUUCUGCGUCACCUCGCUACGUAACAGCCGCCGCUUCAACCACACCUGCCUGACCUUCACCACGAGGGACCCUGUGCCCGGGGACCUGGCCCCCAGCACCUCCACCACCACGCACUACAUCAUGACCAUCCUGGGCUGCCUGUUCGGCAUGGUCAUUGUGCUGGGGGCCGUCUACUACUGCCUGCGCAAGCGGCGCAUGCAAGAGGAGAAGCAGAAGUCCGUCAAUGUCAAGAAGACUAUCUUGGAGAUGCGCUAUGGUGCCGAUGUGGAUGCCGGUUCCAUUGUGCACGCGGCCCAGAAGUUGGUCGAGCCUCCUGUACUGCCUGUGGCCCGCAUGUCCUCUAUUCCCUCCAUAAUCGGGGAGAAGCUGCCGGCCUCCAAGGGGCUGGAGGCCGGGCUAGACACGCCCAAGGUCGCUACUAAAGGCAACUAUAUUGAGGUGCGCACAGGUGCUGCAGGGGACGGCCUGGCCCGGCCCGAGGAAGAGCUCCCAGACAUCGAAAACGGCCAGGGCUCGGCUGCAGAGAUCUCCACCAUUGCCAAGGAAGUGGACAAGGUCAACCAGAUCAUUAACAAUUGUAUCGAUGCCCUCAAGCUAGACUCGGCCUCUUUCCUAGGGGGUGGCAGUGGGGGCGGGGACUCUGAGCUGGCCUUCGAGUGCCAGUCCCUCCCUGCAGCUACUGUCGCCUCCUCAGCUGCCACCCCUGGGGCGCUAGAGCUGCCCAGCUUCCUGUCACCCCCCUUCAAGGAGAGUUCCCACCACCCGCUGCAGCGCCAGCUGAGCGCGGAUGCUGCGGUAACCCGCAAGACCUGCAGUGUGUCAUCCAGUGGUUCCAUCAAGAGCGCCAAGGUCUUCAGCCUGGACGUGCCAGACCAUCCAACCCCCACCGGGCUGGCCAAGGGCGACUCCAAGUACAUAGAGAAAGGCAGCCCCCUCAACAGCCCGCUGGACCGGCUUCCACUGGUGCCCACAAGCAGCAGUGGUAGCAGCGGUGGUGGUGGUGGUGGUAGUGUUGGUGGUGGUGGUGGUGGUGGCAUUCACCACCUGGAGGUGAAGCCGGCCUACCACUGCAGCGAACACCGGCACAGCUUCCCUGCUCUCUACUAUGAGGAGGGCACCGACAGCCUGAGCCAGCGUGUGUCCUUCCUCAAGCCACUGACCCGUUCCAAGCGCGACUCCGCCUAUUCGCAGCUCUCCCCAAGACAUUACUACUCAGGGUAUUCCUCCAGCCCCGAGUACUCGUCUGAGAGCACACAUAAGAUCUGGGAGCGCUUCCGGCCCUACAAGAAGCACCACCGCGAGGAGGUGUACAUGGCUGCCGGCCAUGCCCUGCGCAAGAAGGUCCAGUUCGCCAAGGAUGAGGACCUGCAUGACAUCCUUGAUUACUGGAAGGGGGUCUCAGCCCAGCAGAAGCUGUGACCCUCUCCUCCCCCACCGGUGAGGUGAGGGGGAGGGGCAGGGGCACUGGGGGGGGGACGGGCCCCGCCAAGGGUGGCCGGGAGGCGGGGGACAGGCCAAGGGGUCCGGGCCCGAGGGGCCCCGGGCCUAGGAGUGGACGUACACGCACACCCGCACACACACACCCACACACACACACUUGACCACCACCUGACUGUGAAGCAACCAACACCCAACAAUAACGGACAGGAAAACAAACAUUUUCCUUAAAGUUUACAACCUGCUACUGAAACCAGUUGUCUUCUACUGUGCUGCCCAAGGGACUCACUGGGCUGGGGAAAGAGGCCAGAGAGGGUGUGGGGCCUGGGACUCACUGGAAUAGACGCAAACCAUAGAGAGCCCUCUUGCUCAGAGAGGGUAUCCUCCAAGCUGGGGGGAGACAUUUCCCUUGGAGAUCUGGCAACAUGUGGACAUUGGGCAUCCUCUCCUCCCACUUUAUGGAUGGCCCAGGAGGAGGAAAAGAAGCCCCCCCCCCCGGGGGGUAUCACCCAACAGGUUACAGCUCUGUCUCCCAGCUUCCUGGCCCAGCGCUGGCCCUGCCUCCAGCUGCUCCUCUGGGCCCCACCCCCUCCGCCCACUACCCCUUCCAAAGCUGUGGUCUCAGGGGUCUAGGGACUGAGGUAGGCAGGUGCUUCUCUUCUCUAGAAAGUCCAUGGGCACCCACAAGGUGAAAGGCUAUGGUCCCUAGCCCUGGGUGGUCAGGCGUGAGGAAUGUCCUGCUGACCAGAGAGUAGCAGAGGCAAGGGUGCCACCAACCCCCUUCAAGUGUCUUCCAAGUAGCCCCGGGGAGCUGCCUGGGGGUGGGGUGGUGGGUAGACCCGCUCCCCGCUGGUAUCUCAGGUGCAGGCCCCCAAGCCACAGCCCCUAGUUUCUCUGGGUCUCCGGGUCCCCUACCCACGACAGAGAGGCAAAAGUGAAUGUCAAGGCCUGGGGCCGGUGUGGAGAUGGUAAGGAAUGUAGGGAGUCCUCCCCUGCACCCUGCACCCACACUUGCUUGGCCCCUGCUGUGUGCAGCAUCUUGGCCUGCCCAGGAGGGCAUCUGCCCCACCCCACCCUGUCUGACCCCUUGGCUAGAGGGGCUCUCAUGUUUCCAUGGAGAUGGCCACAAGUCCUCUUUCUGACCCACUCCCAACACCAAUCAAAGCACAAACAGGGAGGUGCCCCCUACUGCCCUGGUCAGAGAGCGGGCCAGGUUCCUGGCCCCUCCUCUUCCCUAGCCAGUUUGUUGCCACGGGCAACCCAGUGCCUGGCAGUUGGUGCCCAGAGCGACCAACUGACCAACCGUUGGGCUCUGGAGUUCUCUCAGUGUGGUUGGCAGCAGAGGGUGGUGGAGGAGGCCUGGCCGGGCGGCAGAGCUCUCAAGAUCCAGGAGCUUCCAGGGACAAGCUCUGGGGGCUACUCUGGAGUCCUGAGACUCGGCUAAGGCAUUGUCUUUGCCUUUGAGUAGGCAGUGGGCCUGUGGGCCACGGGGGCAGCUGUUCUAGGCAGUUCUGCUCCCCGCCUGUGUUGCCCUUUGACUUGUCCUUGAGAUAGGGAGGCACCUUCUUGGCUCUACUCCAACCCUUCCAGAGACCCCCUCACUCCUGUCACUCUUCUGGGCUUCUUGAGAUGGGACCGUGCAACUGUGGAGUGAGGGAUGGGCGGGAAUGGGGGUGGCGUCUCAUUCUACCUGUGAGGGCUCUGACCAGGAAAGCUAGGGCUAUCCUUGGGGGUGGGGUACAGGGAAGGACUGGGGUGGGGAGACUUGACUGAAUGCCUCUAUCACAUCGACUUUUGGGGUGGGCCGAGCCCAGGGCUCACUCAGGGGUGACAUUUGCAAAAAAAAAAAAAAAAAAAAAAAAAAAAAGAAGAAGAAGAAAGACUGUUCCCCUGGGGGAGAAGAGGGGACUGGCCAGCCUGGAUGUGAAGAGCAGAGCUCCCCCAGCCACAAACCUGCCCUCACCCCACCUUAUACCCACCACCCUGAGAACAGCAGGCAGGCCGAGAGGCCAGGGGUGUGAGCAAGCAGACCCCUGUUUUCUUUGCAUGACGAUUUUACUGUAUUUUUCUGAGCAAACAUCUGUCGUGUAUGUGCCAGUUUGUCCAGACUCCCCUCCCCACCCCCAUCCCCUCCAUGUGAUCCGAGCAGCUCUUGAAACCCAGGGAGGGCCAGCUCUGCAGAAGACCCAAAACAGGUGCCACCAACAUAGCCCUGCUCUCCCCGCCCCCGCCCCCAUCCCCUUCUCCCAUCUUUCUGGGCACCGACCUCGGCCCGUGGGGUUGCCUGCUGUCUGCUUUACCCGCCCCUUCCUAUCUCAGUCCCAUUCUGUCCCUGCUGGUCCUUUUCCCUCCUCUCCACCAGGCAAGGCAGUCUCAGAAGAGUGUUCUCAAGGCCAUGUUCUCGUAGAAGGGGCUGUGGGAGGAUCCUUGUCGACCUGUUCCCAUUUGGAAAUGAACCUGGGGCCCUCUGAAGAGGCACCUUGUCUGGCAGGCAGCUCAGCCACCCGGGAUGGGGAAGGUUGUCCGCCAUACUGAGUCCAGGAGGCCAAGAGCUUGGAGCUUCAUGGAGAAGCUCGGGGCCCUGCAGGAGGGGAGUGGGCCUUGCCGUGCCCAGGGAGGAUCCCCACAGUGGACUGGGCUCUGUCCUCACAAUUGGCCGUCAUUCCUCAUUGAAGACAACUUAUAAACCUCAGAGGCCACUCAGGGGGACUUCAAAGAAGAGAGGGUCCAUUUCAACAGUGGGGCCCAGGCCAUAGGGAUCUUUGAGACAGAGCAAGGGUCCAAGGCAUAGGCACUUCCACUGUCCGGCCCUCCAGCUGCCCUGGCCAGUCCUCCAGGGUAGGCCCUUGGAGUUUCCCUCUGGCAUGUCCUGUGUACUAUCUAGGAUGGCUUGUCCCUGGGCAGAAGUAGAGUAGUGGAGAAAGACCAGUGCAUACUUACUCCCUGGGUCCAAGCAAAUCCCCUGGCUUUGUAAUAGCAAUGAGGUUUGGGCUGAAGCUUGAGGGCAGGCCAUGAUUAGGGGCACAGAAAGAGGAGGAACUCAGGGGUUUCAUGGAGUCAUCUCGGGGGGACACAGUUGGAAGUCACAACGGGCUUUUCCCGUCCUGGUAGAGAACAACCUGUGAAGCCUCCUUUCUCGGAGUGUGUGGCCUCCCAGAAAUAAAAAGCGUCAUCUCAGCAGGUUCAGGGAGCCUGUGUCAGCUGGCCACUUCCUAGGAAAGGGCCCUUCUGUCACCAACGGCCCUUCCACGCUGUACUCCCUCGAGCACAAUGCAGGGCCGGAGGGCCUGUCAAGGAAAGCCCUGGCCGCCUCAGGAGGCCUUGGGUGGCGCAGGGGAGGCAGGUAGUGAUGCCUGGGGCUGGUGCACGGCUCUCGUGGUCCUGAUUAGAAGUCACCUGUGCCCACAAUCCAGAAAAUGUAAGGAGCUGACAUGGGCAGAAGCACAGGGAAACCUCUAGACAGGCCCAGAGGGGGACAGACUGGGACAGAAGCGACAACUCUCCCACCCUCCCAGUUCACGAGGGGGGCCGAAGCUGAGGAGAAGUUGCAGGCUUCCCGGGAGUGCUAGGCCCCUGCAGAGAAUGAAAUGAGGGAUGGGGGGGGGGAGGGGGCGGCGGGCAGGUGGUCUUUCGUCCCUUCAAGGAGACGAACAGGUGACAGACAAGAAGAGCCAAUGCUUUGAAAAUGAACUAGGAGGGAGAGGUGUUGGACCUGCUGGCUGUCCCCAAGCCUCUUCACUGGCCACCCUAUCACUCAGCCCCCAGCAAGUCCUGACACGCCUGGGGGCCUCUUCUCCAGGGUGUGGGUGGGUGGGAAAAGGUAUUGGGGGGACGCUAUGGGGUGUCUAGCUACCUGUAGGGUGACCUCAUCCCUUAGAUGUUUGUCCCUCUUGAUAAAGCUUGCUCUCUGGGAUCCCCCUCAGCCCCAGGAGACGGUGUCUUUCCCAGUCAUCCGGCUCAUGUCACACGCUGACAUCUUCCAUGACCUACAUCCACCUCUAAGAACCAGUGUCUCCCCCAGCUUGCCUCAGUGUGCCCCUCCCCCCGGCUGCCGGCUGCCCUCUGCUCAACAGCAGGGAGAAUAGAGGGAUCCACAGGGGUGUCCUCCUGUUCCUUCCUCUUCUGCCAGGCAAGCACAGGGCUGUGGUGGAGGUCCAGGCAAUGAUGACCACCCUCCCUGCCCCCCACCCUCCACCCUCCUCAGGAGCUGCCAGCCCCCCCCCCCCCCGGGGCACGGCAGCCUGGCACCUGGUUUGAGCCCUGCGGAGCUGGGCUCGGGGGCCCUGGACUCUGAACCUGUGACCCCUCGCUGUGUACGGAACUUGCCUCCUCCUGGGGGCCUUGGACCCUCUCCUUUUCUUCUUUCGGGGGGUAACUUCAUUUAUUUCUCCUCCUUCCAUCUGCCCCUCCCCCAACCUUCCUGUUUUAAACCGAAUGGCACGAAAUCGUUUUCCUCACCUUGGAGAUUCCUGUAUGGAGAGAACCAAUUUCUAUAUUUGCAAUAAAUUUCUUAUUUAAAGCAA